CUCUCUCCCUCCCUCUCUCUAAUUCUGGAUUGGAUGCACGAACAAUCUGGUUUUUAACAGGGAUAGCACAUUACCAUGCACACUACUCCCUGCAGGCUCAGCAGAGAAUAGAGACAACAGCAGCUGUCUCUCUCUCUCUCCUGCUCUCUCCACCUCUACCAGACAAGACUCCUCCUCUCCAUCUCUCUGUGACUCCCUCUCUCUUGCAUAUGAUCUGUACUUCACUUCCUUCCAGCUGAAGCAGGAGAUAACAGCACACUACAUAAAGUUACCACAAAAGAAGAAUUUGGAGAAGAAAAGGAAGAGGCGGCUGUGGUUUCUGCAGAUCAGAAGAACGCUGCUCCCUGUGACUCCAGUAAGAGAGAGAGUCUGUGGCCAGCUUCAGCAGCAAGCUACCUUGAGUUAAAGCUUCUGCCUGGCUGCCACAUUCAGCGAUGAGUCGAAGGGAGGCUCUAGUGGGAAACCCUGCGCCUAGUGCGGCGCCUGAGGUAUCGGGCAACAGCACAGAGGCAGCAGGACCCGGUCCCCGUGAGACCAAAGAUGAGAUGUUCUCCAAAGUCAAAGACAAGUUCAUGAAUGAACUGCACAAAAUCCCACUGCCAUCAUGGGCCAUCGUCGCCAUUGCAUUUGUUGCUGUUGUACUAGUUGUUUCCUGCUGCUUCUGCAUCUGCAAAAAGUGGAUAUUCAAGAAGAAGAACAAGAAAAAGGGCAAAGAUAAGGGCAAGAAUGCAAUCAACAUGAAGGACGUCAAUGACGGUAUCAAAACCGAGGCCUUGAAGGAUGAGGAUGAUGCGGAAACAGGGCUGACGGAUACAGAGAAAGAAGUGGAGCCUAAGGAAGAAGAGAAACUUGGCAAAUUACAGUAUUCCUUGGAUUACAAUUUCACAGAGAAUACGCUCAUAGUGGGGAUCAUCCAAGCAGCAGAGCUCCCUGCCAUGGAUAUGGGUGGCACUUCUGACCCCUAUGUAAAGGUCUACCUUCUUCCAGACAAGAAGAAGAAAUUUGAGACCAAAGUGCACCGGAAGACGUUGAAUCCUGUUUUCAAUGAGCAAUUCACCUUUAAGGUUCCCUACAUUGAGCUUGGAGGGAAAACUCUGAUGAUGACGGUAUAUGAUUUUGACCGCUUCUCCAAACAUGACGCCAUUGGAGACGUGAAGGUGCCCAUGAAUAAGGUCGACUUUAGUCAUGUGACUGAAGAGUGGAGGGACCUCCAGAGCGCUGAGAAAGAAGAGCAAGAGAAGCUGGGUGACAUCUGUUUCUCUCUACGGUAUGUGCCCACUGCUGGCAAACUGACCGUGGUCGUUCUGGAGGCCAAGAACCUGAAGAAGAUGGAUGUCGGUGGCCUGUCAGAUCCCUACGUCAAGAUUCACCUGAUGCAGAACGGCAAGCGGCUGAAGAAGAAGAAGACGACAAUCAAAAAGAACACCCUUAAUCCUUACUACAAUGAAUCUUUCAGUUUCGAAGUGCCAUUCGAACAAAUUCAGAAAGUUCAAGUUGUUAUAACUGUUCUGGACUAUGACAAGAUUGGCAAGAACGAUGCCAUCGGCAAAGUGUUUGUGGGCUUGAACAGCUCAGGCACCGAGCUCCGUCACUGGUCAGAUAUGCUGGCCAACCCCAGGAGACCCAUCGCUCAGUGGCACGUGCUCAAGCCGGAGGAGGAAAUAGAUGGCAUGCUGGCAGCUCAGAAAAAAUAGAGCAGCCCGAGACCAACCCCCCUUCCCACAAACCCGCCCGUGUUGUGCUCUUUACCCAGUGCGUGUAAAUACCUCAAUGAUAUAAGGAUUCAUGCACCCUCACUCCUAAUUUCAUGUUUAAGUAAACCGCCUUCUCGGGCCACCCCCUUGAGAUGUUGUGUUGUUACGUCAGUUUUGCCCCCUUACCCCUUCCUUCCUUCCUUCAUUCAAUCGAUAAACUCUCUCUGUCCUUUGUUGUUUCAUCUCCAUCCACGACCUUAAAAGUCCCCGACCAAAUGCCCCCUUCUUUUAAGCAAUAUGAUCUGUAUAGAUAGAGCAUGACUGGAGGAAUUUAUUGUACCACAGGUGUAUAUAUCAGUAUGCAGACGAAAAAUGAUUUCUAGUUUAUGUGUUCGUAUGUUAUUACCCGUUUCCUAAACUGUGUAUAUCUUGAUGUUUUUAAUAAGAUGUUAUAUUUUAAAUUAUGUAAAUGCUGACAUAAAAGAGCCAAUAUUAUAUAUAACAGGAGUUUUAAGAAUUUUACCUUAUUGCAUUCCACUAAAUUAUACGAUAUAUCUCUAUAUAAAUAUUUACGAGUUAAAGAUUUCCAACCUGCAAAACGCUAGUGGAGGUACACGCACUUCGUAAAGGAAGGUUUGCGCUUCAUGUUUACAUAAAAAAAAGCUUAUAGAUGUACCGUACAUGAUUAACAUACACACUGAACACGAAGGCCAUUAACUAAUAUGGUUUCAUGGUAUAAAUAUAAUAUGCUGCUGACAAUUAUACAAGCACAUGAUUUCGUAAGAACUUUUUGUACUAAUUUAUCAAACUGAGGACCUGUAUGCUUUGCAUAAACCACUUACUUGAUGAAGACCAAUCAGCCUUUUCUUUUGAUUUCUCAUACGGUGAUGCUGUUAAGUUUUAUUAAAACAGGUUCCCGGUUUGCUUCUUUCUUGUUUUCUGUCCUUCAAUUCCCGAAUCUUCUCGAAUCCAAUUUGGCGUAUUCGCGAAACCGUAAAUUGACCAUUUAUGGGACAGUCUCAAGCUGUAGCCAUUGUGUCCUUGAAUUUGUGAAUCACUUCCUUUUCUCGUCUUUGAACUCGUUUUGUUUUGGAAUUUACAGUUCAGCCUCCAAAAGAAGGAAACCAGGAGUUUUGACUAGCUUUAAGACAACUAUUUUUUAGAUUAAGUCAACGUCUGAAUAUUUUUGGUAACUGCAUGAUUUUUUUUUUUUUUUACGAUCUUUGCUAAAGGCCGGGUAACAGGGGGAUUUAUUUAUACCGGGCGUCUUUCAAGAGACUCCCUUGCCUUCAAUCAGAAGUAAUCAAACGUAAUUCAAAACGAAGGUUUUGAAGCGGUUGGUCCCAACGAGUCUAUAAUGAUGAGGGAAGUAGGAGAGGCGAGCUUUUAAACACUGCCAUUGAUUUCAGGGAGGUACGAGGAGGUACGAUUCCUCCCUCCAUGCACACGCCACUCAGAUAGUGGUUGUAGCUUUGGGGAACAAUGUAUUUUGGCCGUAACGGUGCCCUAAACAGCAGUUUUUGCUUUCUGUUGCCUUUUCACAGUGACAAUAGAGUUAGCCAUGCUUAACUGCCAAUCCUUUCCCCCCGUGGCUACUGUUUUGCACUGUACAGUCUAGGAAUGGACAAUUUCUUGUUGAGAAAAGUCUGUUCGGUCUAUAGCGCAAGAAAGCGAACCGGCCACCAUCCGGUUUGGAUACCACAAGCAUUAGCGAAUCUUUAACAAUAACCGUAAAUGUUAAUGGUCUUUACAGGUGAUAAUAUUCUAAUGUCCUUUACUACGGGUCAAACAAGAGGGCGAGUAGAUCUUUAGUCCAUUAAAUCCAUGAGUUAUCUUGGAGGAACCUCUUGCGUACACUAGAUGCUAGCUUCAGGAGGAGUUUCUAAGUGUUUUCAAUGUUACUGUGUAGGUAAUAGCCCUGUUACAUAAAAAUAAAAGGAGAAAAAAAGCUAUUCAUCAUUCCAUGCGAGUCUUUAGGGACUGAGUUGUGUAUCACUGUGACUGCGGUGUGUGCUUAGCGUUGUAGUUUUCAGUAGGUAGCCGCCAUCUUGUACUAUAGUGACGUUGUGCUGCCAUCCCCCAUCACACCGCGAGAGUAUGAAAGAGAGUGACAAUUUCCAAUAACCAUUACAGAGCGUGCGCUUGCGGGUCAAUUCACACACCAUUUUGUUGAACACUGUGCAAUACUUGUAUGUUCAUUUCUUAGUGUUUAAAUGGGCGGCAUCUCGCAGUAGGUGGCAAAAAAAAAAUUAGAGAAAAAAACGCAACCUUAUACAGCGAGAUGAUGUAUUCAUCGACCAUAGUCUGGUUAGGUCAUAGCACAUGUGUGUAGUCUGGAGCUCAACAUCUGUAAACUUGUUAAGGAUUCCUCCAUUUUUCCCAUUGAGUUUUUCUGCACACAAAUUUAACCAUCCAAACAUUUGGGUAAACUUAUAUAAAGGAUGCACCCCAAAUAUUAGAUUAUCUAUCUAUCGAUCUAUCUAUCUAUACAUAAAUAUAUACAAUAUAUAUAUAUGAAAACCCUUCCCUUUCAGAAUAGGUGUAUAUAUAUUUUUAUAUUUGUCUUAAUAUAAUUUCCUCAUUAUUGAGAUCACCCGGAUAAAAGAGAAUUGUAUCAAUCCUGUUAACUAUCUGUUGUACUAUUAAUAUGAUUGGCUGUACCGUUUUGUUAUCGCUGUUAUGAUUACACUCAUGACUAUGACCUGGUUAUCGUUCCUUUAGUGCCCCAUUGAAGACCAUUUUAUAUUUAUCAUUGAACUCAGAAUGUACAGUAUGGACUGUGUUUUGUUUUUACUUUUUAUCGUGGGACCAAGUAUAGUUGGCACUUUCAUUUCAAUGUUGCAAUAAAUAUUGAUUCAUGUGUUUUAUUCAUAGCCGAAUAUGAUUUCUUACCCUGUCGGAGGGAGUGAACCUAGAAAAGAACGUGUAAUCGCAACUAUAAGUACAAUUAUUACUCCACUACUCCUACGUUACCUGACUUAUACAUGUACUCUCGUUUAUACAAGUAUUUAUGAUAUCUUAAUACAAGAGGCUUGUUUAUAAAACAAGGAUAAAAAUACAGUUCUAGAGUCUCAAACUGAUUAUGAUACUACACCCAUUUCGUACACCAAAAGGGUGUUGUACUAUCAGGUGUCUGCACAUCAGGUGUAGAACUGGACAUACAGUUGAAGACAGCAUUGCUCGUUGCACCUCAGAGGUUUGUAAAGUAGUCUGAAAAGCCAUUUCUAGCUCUGCAGAGCAACGAUAUCUUAUACUGAAGCCUACCAAAGCAUGCAAACAGCUCCGACAACCGCACCCGACAACUUGAAAAAUGAAGAAAAGAUUUUUAAUAAAAUGAAGAAAAACAACCCAAUCGGUGAGCACAGUACACACAUACAACCUUCCGAUACUCUACGACGACGAAAAGCCACCUUUCAAGAAAAAGCUGUGUAAAGAAUUAGAAUCUGAUGCUGUAGGGAGAUCCUAGUUGCCUUUGUGUAUAUCAACUGCCUGCUUGAGUAUUUGUGUGUGUGGAAAUUUUCUCUGUAAUCUUGUAGAACUGUUCGGGGUGUUUUUCCUGCCAUACUGCUCGCCCCAGCGGCGGGCCGACAGUUAUAUUGUUGUGUAUACCUUCAUUUUUGAUGAGGUGUUUUACAAUUUCAUUUCACUUUGUGUAGUGAUUCACUCUGUGGAGUUUCUGACUGUUGUUAUAUAACUUCAUAUACACAAAUGUUCAAUAAAAAAUGUUUUAUUUCCUGUUGAUACAGAA